GGUGACUGGUCAGUUAGCUAAAUUAGCUAGCUAACUAUUGUUGGGAUGUUUAUAGCUAGCUGGCAAAGUCAGCUAGUAAGUUUGCCAGUUAGUAACUUUGAUGAUUAGCUAAAAGCAGAGUUUUGAAAUCAGCAGCGGGUCUAUUUUGCUAACUGUGUGGAGGAAGGCAAGGCUAUAGACUAAGCACGGAACCAAUGACUCUGGGUUCCCCGACAUCACCCAAGCCCGGCCCGGGUGCCCAGUUUCUCCCCGGGUUUUUGAUGGGGGAUCUGCCAGCACCUAUCACACCCCAGCCUCGGUCAUUUGGAGUCAUGGAUAUGAGGUCACCACUUCAAACAGGUGGCUCUCCCCCUCAACCUGUGGUUCCUACACCCAAAGACAAGAGUGGGGCCCCUCCAGUCAGGAGUAUCUAUGAUGACCUCUCCAGUCCUGCCGUCGGGAUGUCCCCUAUGGGUGCACAUAAACAGCCCUUCUCAAUGAUGCACACCCCGCUGUCUGGCUAUAUGGCAGUUACACCAGGAACAGCGUCCAGUCUAUUUAGUCCUGCUACCAUCGGGCAGCAGGCCAAGUCAACAAUGUCUCCAGCUCAAGUAGACCCUUUCUUCACUCAGGGAGACGCACUGUCUUCCGAAGACCAUCUAGAUGAUACAUGGAUCACUGUAUUUGGGUUCCCUCCUGCCUCCGCGUCUUACAUUCUGUUGCAGUUCGCCCAGUAUGGAAACAUAACGAAACACGUGAUGUCCAACACCGGUAACUGGAUGCACAUUCAAUAUCAGUCUAGACUCCAAGCAAGAAAAGCUUUAAGUAAAGAUGGGAAGAUUUUUGGAGAGGCUAUAAUGAUUGGCGUUAAACCAUGCAUCGAUAAGAAUGUGAUGGAGAGCUCAGACCGAGGCUCGACCUCCUCAGGCUCAGUAUUUACUCCUCCGGUCAGAAAUGGAACCCCUAGCCACCACGUCUCUACACCUCGCUCCUCAAUGAGGCCCCUCAGUGCAGCCUACAAGGCCUCCAGCAGUGACUACCAGGUGGUGGCAGACGAACAGACCCCAAGGAAAGACGACAGUUUGGUUUCUAAAGCGAUGGAGUACAUGUUUGGCUGGUGAGACGGUCUCCUCCGAUUCGCCCGAGCGCUUUUUAUAUUAUAAAAACUGAAGAAACCCGACAGCAGCCGUCAUCACCGUGUUGUGGAAGUGUGUCCUAAAUGGUACCCUAAUAGCCCAAUUGACCCUGGUCAAAAGUAGUGCACUACAUAGGGAAUAGGGUGCCAUAGGCCUCUGGUCAAAAGUAGUGCACUACAUAGGGAAUAGGGUACCAUUUGGGGAUCAGCCAGUGUGUUAGUGAGUUGGGGGGAACCAAGCCAAUGUGGAUUUCCUCAACCCUGCGACGACUAUACAAGAUGUGGUGAUUUGAGUGGACAGGAUUUUGACUAGACGAACACCGGAUAUUGUAUGUUGACGUUGAAUGAAGUGUUUGUUUUUGUUGUUGUCGCGUGCAGACGUCACGGUGCUGACCCGACAAACGCAGACCUACACGGGGUCGUCUUUAGUUACAAAGUCUUAUUUGCGACUUCUCCUCUCGAGGAGAAUUUUAAAGGCUCUUUCAUAAGAGUUGAUGCCGAAUGAAUCCCACAUAAUCAAGACAUAUUUCCCAUAUGUCCCUAUUUCCUAUGUAGUGUACUACUUUUAGAGCAGGGUCCGUAAGGGUCUGUAAAUAGGGGUGCCAUUUUGGAUGCCCACAUGGCCUGUCUUCAGUAUCUUAACUAAGUGCUGCUUUGUCAGUUGGAAGUCAAGGUUACACAUCAGUAUCCUCCUGUUUUGAUUAGAGUGAGAGAGAGUACAGGUUUCUUUAUUUUUUUCCCCCCCUAAGUGGUUCAAUAGUAAACAACGGUAAAUAUAACAGGAUCAGAGUUAAGAAUUGUAAUUUUAUAAGAAAUGCCUUUUUGUGUGCUGUCAAACAUUUAGUGUUUUUAUUUUUCUUUUUUUAAAGAUGAUCUCACAAAAUUGUCGGUGCAUCAAAUGUCUUGUCUUAUAUCCAUUUAAAACUAUUUGUCUGUUUCUACUGUCUACUAUUUCGACUGUCUCUUCUUACUAUUUCUACUGUCACCUGUCUCUGCUCUCUACUGUGUCUGCUGUUUCUACUGUCUCUGUCACUUGCUUACUAUUUUUGUCAAAUAAAUGUCACAUAAUUUGAAUACCA